UGCAGACGUCAUGGCGGGCAGGAGCCUUGUCGGGGCCGCCCGGGCCUGCGCCGGCUGGGGCGUCUGGGCGCCCCGAGUUGGCGUCUCGCCCGCGUCGCUGUCGGCGCGCGGUUACGCUAAGAAACCGGUCUCCAAGGGCAGCAAAGGUGGCGCCGUGGGCGAGGCCCUCAAGGACCCAGAGGUGUGCACUGACCCCGUGCGGCUCACCACCCACGCCAUGGGUGUUAACAUCUACAAGGAGGGCCCUGACGUGGCCCUGAGGCCGGAUGCCGAGUACCCAGCAUGGCUCUUCGAGAUGAACGUGGGGCCCCCUAAGAAGCUGGAGGAGCUGGAUCCUGAGAGCCGCGAGUACUGGCGGCUGCUGCGGAAGCACAACAUCUGGAGGCACAACAGGCUGAGCCGCAACAAGAGGCUGUAGGGGGACCGAGGGCUGGGGGGGACGGGCGCCUCCUCACUCCCCAGUAAAGCUCCGUGUGUGCA